AUGAGCCCCGACAAAAAAGAAAAAUGGAGGUGCAAGGUUUGCCGUUCUAAGAACAAUCGUGCUGAUAUAGACGGGGUCGAUGCUAGCUCUGACUCGAUUUCGUCCUGCGAAACCACGACACUCGCGGCGCAAAUCCUGACCAUCAAAGAAAAGCUAGAUUCAAUACUUUCUCUGAAGGCUAGCGUAAAUUUACUGCUCGAGCUUCCGGCAAAGGUGAAUGAGCUCUUGCUCCUCAAGCCUACCAUUGAUCUCAUGAAAGUGACUUUGGAGGAGGUUCAAACUUCCAUUUCCUUCCUAGGAAAGAAAUACGAUAGCCUCCUCGCCACGGUGUCUGCUCAUGCGACCGACAUGAACGAGCUGCGUACGGAAGUGGCUUCACUGAAGGACACGGUUUGCGAACAGGCACACACUAUCCAAAGCCUCCAAACCGAGAUGAACGACGCUGACCAACGCGGUCGCCAACAUAUUAUGGAAAUUCAUGGAAUGACCGUCAAACCCGACGAGGCUCUCCCUUCCAUCUUAGCGGGGCUGGCAGACAAGCUAGGAAUUCCGGGACAUCAACCAGCUGAUGUCGUGUCGGUUUUCAGGCUACCAGGCAAACGAUCUAUAAAACCACCUAUUUUGGUCAAGUUUACAUCUGUAGCCACUAAAGACAAAUGGAUGCAAGCUCGUAGCAAGCUCAGGCAAUUUUCUCGUGACAAUCCACCCGAAAGACUGUAUUUCAACGACAGCUUAACUCAGACCAACAGAGAACUUUUCUGGCAGGAGGGACCCGUACCGACAACACGCUGCGUUGCCUUCUCAGGAUACAAUAUGGAGACAGCGAAAAGCAUGAGCGUUUACGUUCAUAUAGUUCGGCUUUUUGAAGUGCAAGAUGCAGAAGAUGGCUUGACUGCGGUCAUGGAGGCCUACUCACUUUUUGGCCUUGCCCAUUGUCAGAAGACAUGCAAUACGAGCUGCAUUCUUUAG